CGGGUCGAAAUGGAUUUCACUGGAUACAUAUGGACGUAAUAGCAGACUUUGGGUUUUAGGCUCGCGGUCGGAGCAUGAUUCAUAGACAGAUCACACUGUCUCAGAACCUGUACCAGAGCCGGUUUCUGGGCCUGGCGGCUAUGGCCUCACCGUCACGAGCCUCCCAGAACCGGCGGCGGUGCAAGGAUGUGGCGCACUUCGGCUUUAUUCACCCCAAUCCUGCUCUUGGUCUGCCACGGUCCACAAGUGAUACAGAUUUGGUGUCUUUGCAAAGCCGCUCCACCCUGACAGUCAGCACCUCCCUCUAUUGCAUCGGCCAAUCAGAGGACAUUACCAUCUGCUGGGACAUCACAGAGGAAGUGGAUGCUGGCGAUUGGAUUGGCAUGUACAUUAUCGAUGAGGUUCUGUCAGAAAACUUUCUGGAUUAUAAAAGCCGUGGCGUGAGUGGCUCCCACAAAGGGCAGAUUGUGUGGAGAAUCGAUACCAGCUUGUACUUUAUGGAGGCUGAGACGAAGAUUUGUUUCAAAUAUUACCAUGGAUUGAGUGGAGCCCUCCGUGCCACCACCCCCAGUGUGACGGUGCGAAACCCCUCUGCAUCUGCAUUGAAGCCUGUCAUCAGUCAGGAUGUUCCUCAGACUUUGGGCAGCAGGAGGUUGAUCAGCUUCUCUCUGUCAGACAUUCAGGCAGUGGGGCUAAAGAAAGGGAUGUUUUUUAAUCCUGAUCCGUACCUGAAAAUCUCCAUCCAGCCCGGAAAGCACAGCAUCUUCCCCGCUCUGCCCCACCACGGUCAGGAGAAACGAUCGGGCAUCAUCAGCAAUACAGUAAACCCCAUCUGGAAAAGAGAGCGUUUUAACUUUGUGUCCUUGCCGACGGAUGUAUUGGAAAUUGAGGUGAAAGAUAAAUUCGCCAAGAGCAGACCCAUCAUUAAACGUUUCCUGGGGAAGCUGGUGGUGCCCGUCCAGAGGCUUCUGGAGAAAAAUGCUAUUGGGGAUCAUGUGGUGAGUUACACUUUAGGCCGACAGCUUCCAACAGAUCAUGUCAGUGGCCAGCUGCAGUUUCGCUUUGAGAUAACCUCAUCUAUGCAUCCAGAUGAUGAGGAGGUGUCGCUCAAUGCAAUGCCACUCUACGAUUUGGUACCCGACCAGCAGGCAGAUCAUGAGCCAGAUGAUGACCUCCCACAUGACGAUCUACCUGUGGAGGAUACAUUGACUUUGGUUCCAGAGAUCUCCUCUGAAUGUGCGGAAGAGGUCGAGACCCCGGAUCCUUCGCUACCCACCUCCCCAGCUGAACCAAGUAAUGACUCGCAACUAGAAGAAGAAGGUCAAGAGAACACUGUAGCAGAUGAUCAUGCAACAGAGUGUGGAGAUGGGAUGGAAGGAGAGGCAGUACUGAACGAUGUCGCUCAAGUACAAACUGAAGAACAGGAGUCUGAAAGAACAGAUCAAGAGCUUGUGGAGAUGCAGGAGCAAACUUUGACCGAGACGUUACUGGAGGUCCCAGAGAAUCCGGGUAUUGAAGAUACAGGUGGAGGUGACACGGGACCCCAUGGUGAUUUGGAUGUAGAGCUUGUGGAUGCUGAAGAAUGCACAAAUCCUGAGCAAGAGGACACAAGGACAGACGAAGGCGGGAACGAGGAGGAACCCUGCUCGUCACGGAUAAGGAGCGCCUUGUAUCGCAAAAGUCGUCCUUGCUCGCUUCCCGUGUCCGAGUUGGAGACAGUCAUUGCCUCUGCGUGUGGUGACCCUGAAACUCCAAGGUCUCACUACAUCCGCAUUCAUAAUCUGCUGCACAGCUUGCCUUCCGCCCAAUGUCUCCACGACAGUCCAGAUGAAGAUGACGUACCUGAAUCUUCUGAGGAGCUUACCGUCAAACCAGAGGAAGACAAGGAGAAUGGAGUGGUAGCUGAGGAUGAGGUGUCUGAAGCUCAAUCUCCAUCUAUCGUACCCGAAUGCCUUGGACCGUGUUGCAGACGUAACCUGCCGCGUAGCCUCUCAAUCGAGCGUUUGUCUGAACUCAACCAGCUUAUAGAGGGCGAAAGGCCUUCACCAUCCCCUCUGCGAUUGGACAGUGAGGAUGGGGAGGUUGGGGGUGGGAGCCGAAGGGGUCCCCGAGAAAGCGAAUGUGAACUGUGUGAUAAUUCGUGCUACAGUACGUCCUGUUAUAGCACGUCUUGUUACAGUACGUCUUGUUACAGUAACUCAGGUAAUGAGGGGCGUAACCAUCUCUGCAGUCAUACACGCCUCUCUUCAGUGGACAGCACCCGUCUGUCGGAGAGCACCGUUUUCUCCUCGCAGGAGGAGGAGGAUGAAGAGAACAGCGCCUUUGAGUCGAUCUCAGACUCGAUGCAGAGCCCAGAUAUGAGGGAGUUGGGAGAAGGGUCAUCUCAGUGGAGGGGGUCGUCAUCUGAGGAAAGUCCAAUGAGGGAGGGGCAGGGGGAGGAGUCACCUGUAGCUGGGCCCAGCGUUAGGCCAUCAGUCAAUGGGGGGGGUCAUUGUCAUUUGCAAUGCAAUCAUCAUGCUAUCACUCAGUUUCCUGCUUUGCGACCUGACCCCUACCAUUACCCAAGUGUUGACGAACCAUUACCAUCAAACUGGGAAGCCAGGAUAGACAGUCACGGCCGUGUUUUCUAUGUUGACCAUGUUAACCGCACCACCAUGUGGCAGAGGCCGAGCCAUGCUGCCAAGAGCAGAGGUAUUCAGAGAUCUAGCUCUUCACACCAGAUGGAGCAGCUCAACAGGAGGUAUCAGAACAUUCAGAGAACCAUGGCCACAGAUGAUGAACCGGCUGGUCGUGUGUCCGACAGAAACAACACUGCAGACACAGACGGUGAAUCCACGGCACAGCCUUCAGAUCAGAGAAGAGACAGUUCUUCAUCUCUGGUCAACAUACAGAACGUCACCCUGCUUCUUCAGUGUCCAGCUGUGAAGUUUAUCACUCACCCAGAAUUCUUCACUGUCCUCCAUGCUAACUAUGGGGCAUACAGAAUGUUUACGAGCAGCACCUGCCUGAAGCACAUGAUCCUGAAAAUACGCAGAGACGCACGCAACUUUGAGCGAUAUCAACACAACCGCGACCUUGUCACUUUCCUCAACAAAUUCGCUGACACUCAUCUGGAGCUCCCCAGAGGUUGGGAGAUCAAAACAGACCCGCAGGGCAAGUCGUUCUUCGUGGACCACAACAGUCGUGCGACGACUUUUAUCGACCCCAGAAUUCCCCUUCAGAACGGCCGACUGCCCAACCACCUCACGCACAGACAACAUUUACAGAGACUGCGCAGCUAUAGUGCUGGAGAGGCUUCAGAGGUGUCCCGCAGCAGAGGAGCAUCGCUGGUCAGCCGGCCCGGAAAUGGUCUUGUAGCUGCCAUCAGGAGUCAAAACCAGCCUGAUUCAGUGCCUCUAGGUUACAAUGACAAGAUUGUGGCCUUCCUUCGUCAACCAAACAUAUUAGACAUGCUGCAGGAACGGCAACCCAGUCUAGCCAGGAAUCAUACGCUCAGGGAGAAAAUCCAUUACAUUAGGACCGAGGGCCCACAAGGUGUUGAAAAGCUGUCUUGUGAUGCAGACGUGGUUAUGCUGUUAAGUCUAUUUGAGGAAGACAUCAUGUCCUUUAUUCCCUCUCACUCCUUCCACCCGGGUAUCAGCUUCUCUCCACGCUGCUCCCCUGGCUCCUCACCACAAAGCUCACCUGGAUUGCAAAGGGCCAGAGCGCCCGCUCCGUACCGCAGAGACUUUGAGGCGAAACUUCGCAAUUUUUACAGGAAGUUGGAGGCAAAAGGCUAUGGCCAGGGGCCAGGAAAAAUUAAGCUGAUUGUCAGAAGGGAUCAUUUAUUGGAAGGUACGUUUAAUCAAGUGAUGGCUUAUUCUCGCAAGGAGCUCCAGAGGAACAAGCUCUACAUCACUUUUGUGGGAGAGGAGGGUUUAGACUACAGCGGCCCAUCGCGGGAAUUCUUCUUCCUGUUGUCUCAGGAGCUUUUUAAUCCAUACUACGGUCUGUUUGAAUACUCGGCCAACGACACGUAUACCGUGCAGAUCAGUCCCAUGUCUGCAUUUGUGGAGAACCAUUUAGAAUGGUUCCGAUUCAGUGGGCGAAUAUUGGGUCUGGCCUUGAUCCACCAGUAUCUGUUAGAUGCUUUCUUCACCCGGCCGUUCUACAAGGCCCUGCUUAGAUUAGUGACAGAUCUGAGUGAUUUGGAAUACCUGGACGAGGAGUUUCACCAGAGCUUACAGUGGAUGAAAGACAAUGAUAUCACGGAUAUCCUGGACCUGACCUUCACAGUGAAUGAGGAGGUCUUUGGACAGGUGACAGAAAGGGAACUGAAGUCGGGUGGCACUAAUAUCCAGGUUACGGAGAAGAACAAGAAGGAGUACAUUGAGCGCAUGGCCAGAUGGAGAGUGGAGAGAGGGGUAGUGCAGCAGGCCGAAGCCCUUGUGAGAGGUUUCUAUGAGGUUGUAGACUCUCGCCUGGUUUCAGUGUUUGAUGCUCGUGAGCUGGAGCUGGUCAUCGCAGGGACGGCCGAAAUCGAUUUGAAUGACUGGAGGUCCAACACAGAAUAUAGAGGAGGUUACCAUGACGGGCACAUAGUGAUGCGAUGGUUCUGGGCUGCUGUGGAGCGCUUCAAUAAUGAACAGAGGCUUCGUCUGCUGCAGUUUGUGACUGGCACAUCCAGUGUUCCCUACGAGGGUUUCGCAGCACUGCGCGGUAGCAACGGCCUGAGGCGCUUCUGCAUUGAAAAGUGGGGAAAGAUCACCUCUCUGCCAAGGGCGCACACAUGCUUCAACCGCCUAGACCUUCCUCCUUACCCAUCAUACACCAUGCUGUACGAGAAACUCCUAACCGCCGUGGAGGAGACCAGUACCUUUGGUCUGGAGUGAAGGAAUGCAGGACAUCUACAGUAUAUAACUUCAUUUUUUAAAUGCGAUUACAUUUUCAAAAACUAAAUCCACAAGAGACUUUUUAGAGAUUUGUACAGAAAUUGUAUCUGCGCAAUUCUGUGAUUUAAUGAUUUAACUUUUUGUUCAAAAAGACUUGAAAUAGCAUGUUUCUGCACUAAAAUUAUGUUAAACAUAUAAGAUGCAUAUUGAACCAUUCAGUCAUCGGGGGAAUAUGAUGGAAUAUGAAUUGUGAUGUAUGCAAUCUAACUCCAGCCUAUUGUAUUGAACUAAAUGAAUUCAUAUUUGUCUUCAACAUCCCUCUAUUGGAGCACUUUUCCACCAUCGCACCGGAUCGUUCUCAUUGCUUAAUGGUUCCACUCCGUGCCGAUCCAUGCCAGCCAGUACGUAAGUGGUUUCAUUUUCCACAUCAGGGCUGAUAACAGACAUUUUAAGAAUGUAAACACUAACAUGUCACACGCUGCCUUGGUAGCACAAGAGACUGAGCUAUAACGCCUCUGUGUGCAUUCAUUAGCACGAUUCAGAGCCGAGAACAGUUUGUAAUCGUGCCGUGUUGAAACCAGGCUCACGUGGAAACAUAACUGUAACCGUUUCAGACUGUGCUUAGAAAGGAUGGUGGAAAAGCGCUCUUGGUUUGGCAUCUCUUCAGGCUGUUGCUACGCACAUCUGCUGUACAGUAACAUCUUAUUCAGAUGUACACUUGUGUCCCAACCCAAGACUAUACAUUAUGUACUCGCCCAUAGUGGAUAUAUUGUACAUUGGAAGCUAUUACAGUUUCCGUUGAAGGAAAUGACAAUUUUGAGUUGCCGCACAUUGAGCCCACUGAAAGUGUCUAUCAUUCAACACUCAAACAAGUUUUUCACAGUACAGUACUCAUAGUGUCUCAUUGAUUUUUGUUUUGUGUGAACACGGUACCUGCACUUUAUACACUGCUCACUUGGUUUAUGUUCGGAAUGGAAUACUAGCAUACUGCUGUAUCCUGCUCAGUAUAUUUUUAAUAGUAUUUGAUACAGUACACAAUAUGCAGCGACAAACGUUUGAACAGUAGUAUGCUACGGUAUCCUAGUUGUUAAACUCAUUAGGUAGCAUGUUUAACUGAGAUAUCCAAUGUGCAUCCAAUCACAGAGUGAAUUUAACGAUAUUUGAAAAUAGUAUACUUUUAAACAUAAAGAUGUUCAUAUAACCAAACAAAAUGUAACAAUACACGUCAAUAUAUUUACUCAUUUGGCAGAUGCUUUUAUCAAAAGCCACUUACAAAUAGGAGAGCAUAUAAACAUUUUGUCAACAUGCUUAACAGUACCGUUCGUUUACAAGCCAUGCUACAAGGAGGAUUAAAGCUGGAGUAAGCAAGGGAGAGAAUUAAUUUUUUGGAGACACAAGACAGAAUGUUAUUGGUUAGUCAAAUAAUGCGGAACAGGUAUGUUUUGAAGGAUGCUGCAGUUCGGGUGGAGGCUGGCAGUUCAUUCCACCACAGGGAGAACGAAUAUAUCAUUCUAUGCAUUGAAAAUGUGCAUUCUAUGCAGAGUAUACACACUGUUUACUGAAGAAAUAGAACAGGUAGUAUGCUAGUAUGCUAUUUUGAACAUUGUGACUCUACUUUGAGGAUUGCGCUCUAAAAACGGCUGGGUUAUUUUCAACAUAACGUUGGGUCAAAAAGGGAUAGACCCAACCCAUUGGGUUGUAAAUGAACCUAGGCUGGGUUUUGUUAACCCAGUUGUGUCGAUAUAAACAUUUUCUGGGUUCAUUUAACUAAUCGGCUGGGUUUGUCCCUUUUUGGCCCAAUUAUUUAGAGGACGAUGCACUCAAACCUGAUUUUUCAUAGAUGUAGCAGAUGUCACGUACCUCACUUUCUCUGAUGCACUAAUAUGGUGAGUGCUUCAGUUUAAGAUUAGGUAGUACACAUGGACACACUUGACAAAGGUUAUGAAUUCGACUUCACACUAAAACAAAAUUAGCAACACAAAGCUCAUCUGUACUGCCCAAUGCGACUGGUCAAGAUAGAAAUAACUCAUGAUUUUUUUUUACCAAUAAUUUAGUUUCUUUCUAAGGUAUUUUCUAACAUUCUUAAUGCUUCUUAAUUCCAGUCUACAUUAAUGGACGUUGCCACAAUUUUCUUUUUGUAAAUAAGGAGUCCACAUUCAUGAAUGGGAUCUCCAGCGGGUUAAAAUGAUCGCAGUUAUUGCAUGAUUUAUUUUUCCUCAGUUGCAACAGUUAUGCAUACAUAAUAACCACUGACAACAACAACCAAAAUGUAAGACGACAUCCCGUUGUUAAUUUACUUGUUGUGAAAUAUAUUAUGUGGUAUUUUAAUGUAUCUGUGAAUGCUAUUUUCUUUGAUGUCACAUUCCAUUGGAUAAACACAGCUCAACCACUCUGAUACUGUAAUUCCAGACAUAGAAAGUGAGAUAGUCUAUGGGUGGUCCAAGCUACCGUGAGGCGUUUUGCCAUUUUAACAGGUCCUUAAUACAGUAGCGAACAACCAUUUUAAUGCAUGCAGGCUCUGACGGUGUGUAUCAUUGUAGUUUUGCAUUGAUAUUGUCCUAAACAAUAUAACUGACCUGUGAGGGGGUGAAAUUGAAUUAAAAUGUGUUUAAAUAUGUGAUCUUCUUGGCUUUGAAUUUUGUUUGGAAUAUUGUACACUACUUGUAAUUAAUGGAUUAAAAUGCACAUAAUUGUUUUAAUGAUUAUUUACAGAAAUGGUAAAAUGACUGAAAAUCUGACCACUUGCUGUUGUAUUCUGUUCAGUUAUGUGUUCUGAUUAUGUAUUUAUAUAAUUUUAAUUUGCAUUUUUGUAUUUUCUAUAAUUUUUUGUACACGGCUAUGAGUUUGAAAUACUGUAAGUAAUGAGACUCCAUCUGAAAACCCUUUACUUGCAAUGAAAUGAAAUUGUUAUUGAAAAUAUGUAAAUAGAAUCAAAUAACUGUAGGUCAGGGUAAUAUUUCUGACCUGUUCUACAUGAGUAGACUUGGCU